AUGGCGCAUGAUCAGAGCGACGUGAAGGCGUCUACCUCGUGGGCGCUGUACCUGACGCUGGCGGCGUCUUGGACGGCCUCGCUGUGCAUGGGCACCGCGCUGGGCUACUCUUCGCCCGCCAGCGAGAGCCUCAUAACGGCCGACGUCUCCCCGGACGACACCUUCUGGUUCGGCUCCAUGCUCGCCCUGGGCGCCGCCCUGGGCUGCAUGGCGGGCUGCCUGCUGGCCCAGGUGGUCGGGCGUCGGUACACGCUCCUGGUGUGCGCCGUGGGCUUCGGGGGCGCCUGGACCUGCCUGUUUAUGGCCUCGACGACGCUGCUGCUGUACAUCGGCCGCUUCUCGACGGGCUUCUUCACGGGCAUUGUGUCGCUCUGCGUGCCCACCUACAUCGCCGAGGUGACCACGCCGGAUAGCCGGGGCCCGCUGGGCGGCUGCCUCCAGCUGGCUAUCACGGUGGGCAUCCUGUACUCUUUCACCGUGGGCCGCUUUCUGGACUGGGCCUGGCUGGCGCUUAGCUGCACCAUACCGGCGCUGGUGCUCGCCUCGCUGUCCCAGUUCUGCGUCGAGUCCCCGCGUUGGCUGCUGCUGCACGACCAGCGGAAACGAGCCACCGAGGCGCUGCGCCUGCUGCGCAGCUCGGAAGCGGACGUGGAAGACGAGUGCCACGCCAUCGAGACGACGUUCGCAAGCGUGCGCAUUCCGGGCACGCACGUGCUGCUCGCGCUGCACGUCAUGUUCCUACAGCAGUUCUCGGGCAUCAACAUGAUCAUCUUCUACUCGUCCACGACCUUCGCCAACGCGGGACUGUCCCUGGCCGCGUUGGACGUGUCCAUCCUCGUCGGAGUGCUGCAGGUGGCCGCCACGGCCGUGGCCGUCUCUUUGAUGGACGUGAUCGGGCGGCGGCGCAUGCUGCUCGCCUCGGCGCUCGUCUGUACGGCCAGCAUGCUGGCCAUGGGCUUGCUGGACACGCUGGGCACGCCGUCGGCGUCGGGCGCGCCCCCGACCAUGGCCGAGCGGCUGCCCGUGCCGCUCAUGGCCUUCUUCGUGGCGGGCUUCUCGCUGGGUCUGGGACCGGUCACCUGGCUGCUGGCCGCCGAGCUGGUGCCCCUCCGGGACCACGGCCUGCUUAUGGGCGUCACGUGCGCCUUCAACUGGGCGUGCGCCUUCGCGGUGACGCUCUUCUUCGAGAGCGUGCACACCACCUUCAAGUUCUCGGGCCUGGGUUGGUUCUUCAGCUCGGUGAGCUUGGUGGGCUCCCUGCUGGUCGCCAUGUUCCUGCCCGAGACGAGCCGCCGCUCGCUCGAGCAGAUCCUGAUCGAGGCGCCCAGGAAGGAGCCCGUGGAGCUCCCCUCGGUCCGCACCGGACAGAUCUCCACGCGCCGAGGCCAGUGACUGCCACCGCCUCCCGCGGUCGCUCGGAACUCCUCUGCCGGGGGCCGCCCUUAUUUUCUCCAUAUCUCUCUCUCUCCGAACAGCUCAUACUGACAUUCUUAAGCCUGGAGGGUAACGGGGCAGAAGAAGCAGAAUGGACGUUACAACACCAUUCUCCGAACACGCGGCGGAGGUUGCUUAGCUUAAACACAAAACGGACUCGCCAAUGAAUUGAUAAGCUCAACCCUCGAAAUGUAACACGCGGGUUCAUGGGUGUUGCCGUGGCUUUCUACUAAAACUCGUGUCUAAAUAAAAUAUAAAAAAAGUGUUUUGGUGGGGUGCUGCCGCGACGCUCGUGUCCGGUUUCAUGCUCUGCACUUUCCCGUCCCUGGGUGGCGUACCGGGUGUGGGGUCAGAUUCUGGGGCUUAAGGCCACGGUCCCACUGAAUGUGGCAGUUUAGG